AGCACGGGACGGGCAGGCCCCGCGCCGGCGGCGAGAUGGCGACGGGCGCGGACGUGCGGGACAUCCUGGAGCUGGGCGGCGUGGAGGCGGAGAGCACGGGCACCAUCAACAAGAAGGACAUCAUCAACUCCGACAAGAAAAAAUCGAAGAAAUCUUCAGAGACGCUGACGUUUAAGAGGCCGGAGGGAAUGCACCGAGAAGUUUACGCGCUCCUCUACUCCGACAAAAAGGAUGCACCUCCGCUGCUGCCAAGUGAUACAACUCAGGGUUAUCGAACAGUCAAAGCCAAACUGGGGUCCAAGAAAGUUCGCCCUUGGAAGUGGAUGCCCUUCACUAACCCAGCGAGGAAGGACGGAGCAAUGUUCUACCACUGGAGGAGAGCAGCAGAAGAAGGGAAGGACUACCCUUUUGCCAGGUUCAAUAAAACAGUGCAGGUACCUGUGUACUCAGAGCAGCAGUUUCAGAUGUAUCUACUCGACGAUGCGUGGACCAAGGCUGAGACAGACCAUCUCUUCGACCUGGCUCGGCGUUUUGACCUGCGCUUCGUCGUGAUCCAUGACCGCUAUGAUCACCAGCAAUUCAAGAAGCGGUCGGUGGAGGACCUGAAGGAGCGUUAUUACCACAUCUGUGCCAAGCUGGCUAACAUCCGUGCUGCUCCAGGCACAGACCUGAAAAUCCCGGUCUUUGAUGCUGGCCAUGAGAGACGGAGGAAGGAACAGCUGGAGAGGCUGUACAACAGGACACCAGAGCAGGUGGCAGAAGAAGAGUAUCUCAUCCAGGAGCUCCGCAAAAUCGAAACCAGGAAGAAAGAGAGAGAAAAGAGAACCCAAGACCUGCAGAAACUCAUCACAGCUGCUGAUACCACCACGGAGCAGAGACGUGCAGAACGCAAGGCUCCUAAGAAGAAGCUGCCACAAAAGAAGGAGACAGAGAAACCUGCUGUUCCUGAGACUGCUGGCAUCAAGUUUCCUGACUUCAAAUCUGCAGGUGUCACGCUGCGGAGCCAGAGGAUGAAACUGCCAAGCUCGGUGGGACAGAAGAAGAUUAAAGCCCUGGAGCAGAUGCUGAUGGAACUCGGAGUAGAUCUCAACCCCAUGCCCACGGAGGAGAUUGUGCAGAUGUUCAACGAGCUGCGGAGCGACCUGGUGCUGCUGUACGAGCUCAAGCAGGCCUUUGCCAACUGUGAAUAUGAGCUGCAGAUGCUACGGCACCGAUACGAGGCCCUGGCCAAAGCUGGCAGCAUUGGCCCUCUGGGUGUGGAGGGCAGCCACCCCGAUGGCCAGGCAGGGCUCGGCAUGGAGGAGAGCAAGGGGGAUUCCAAGGACCAGAUCAUUGAUGUAGUAGGAGCACCACUGACCCCCAACUCGGUGAGAAGGAAGGUUGCGGGGGCAGAACAGGGCGCGCUCAGGUCUCCGACACAGCUGCCCUGAUGAGCGCUGGGGACGCUGCCCUGCUGUCCC